AUGGGUGAAUGUCCUGUUGCACACAAGAAGAGCAAUGUGGCUGGUGGAGGUACUCGGAACACUGACUGGUGGCCGAAUGCCUUGAAGCUCGGUGUCCUCCGCCAGCACACCGAAGCCACAAAUCCUCAAGGCAAGGAUUUCGAUUAUGCUGCUGCUUUCAAGACUCUUGAUUACUGGGGCCUCAAGAAGGACCUUAAUGCUCUCAUGACCCAGUCUAACGACAUCUGGCCUGCUGAUUUCGGCCACUAUGGUGGUCUUUUCAUCCGUAUGGCCUGGCACAGCGCCGGUACCUACCGUGUCUUCGAUGGCCGCGGUGGUGGUGGCCAGGGCCAGCAACGAUUUGCCCCCCUCAACUCGUGGCCCGAUAACGUAUCUCUCGAUAAGGCCCGCCGUCUCUUGUGGCCCAUCAAACAGAAGUACGGCAACAAGAUCUCAUGGGCUGAUCUGUUGCUCCUGACUGGUAACGUCGCUCUGGAGUCUAUGGGUCUGCAGACCUUCGGAUUCGCUGGUGGCCGUCCCGAUGUCUGGGAGGCCGACGAGUCCGUCUAUUGGGGUAGCGAGAAUGUCUGGUUCACAAACGAGGCUCGUUACGAGGCUGAAACCGCCGAGGAGAAGUCCAAGCAGAGCGACAUUAAGACUCGUGACCUCGAGGACCCGUUGGCCGCGGUCGUCAUGGGUUUGAUCUACGUCAACCCCGAGGGUCCCGAUGGAAACCCCGACCCCGUUGCUGCUGCCCGUGAUAUCCGUAUCACCUUCGGCCGUAUGGCCAUGAACGACGAGGAGACGGUUGCCCUCAUUGCUGGUGGCCACACCUUCGGAAAGACCCACGGUGCUGCCCCUGCCGACAAUGUUGGCCAGGAACCUGAGGCUGCUGGUAUUGAGCAGCAGGGUCUGGGAUGGAGCAACGCUCAUGGCUCUGGAAAGGGCCCUGAUACCAUCACCAGUGGUCUGGAAGUCACCUGGACCAAGACUCCCACUAAAUGGAGCAACAACUUCCUCGAGUACCUGUUCAAGUUCGACUGGGAGCUUACCAAGUCUCCCGCUGGUGCCAACCAGUGGGUUGCCAAGAAUGCCGACGAUAUCAUCCCUGAUGCCUACGACACCAACAAGAAGCACAAGCCUCACAUGCUGACCACCGAUCUGUCUCUGCGCUUCGACCCUGCCUACGAGAAGAUCUCUCGUCGCUUCCUCGAGAACCCCGGCCAGCUUGCCGAUGCAUUCUCCCGUGCUUGGUUCAAGCUGCUGCACCGUGACAUGGGUCCUCGUGCCCGCUGGUUAGGUCCUGAGAUCCCCAAGGAAGUUCUCCUCUGGGAGGACCCCAUCCCCUCUCCCACCUACGCUCAGAUCGACAACGGCGAUAUCCUCAACCUGAAGAACGAGAUCCUCUCAUCUGGUGUUGAGCCCACCAAGUUCAUCUCCACUGCCUGGGCUUCCGCCUCAACAUUCCGUGGCGGUGACAAGCGUGGUGGUGCCAACGGCGCACACAUUCGUCUCGCUCCCCAGAAGGAUUGGGACGUCAACAACCCCGCCCAGCUCCAGGAAGUCCUCAGCGUCCUGGAGAAGAUCCAGAACCGCUUCAACAGCGCUCAGGCUGGCGAGAAGCGUGUCUCCAUCGCUGAUCUGAUCGUCCUUGCCGGUUCUGCCGCUCUCGAGAAGUCUUCGGGUAUCCCUGUUCCCUUCACCCCCGGCCGCAACGACGCCACUCAGGAACAGACCGAUGUCGAGUCCUUCCAAUGGCUCCGUCCCUUCGCCGACGGCUUCCGCAACUACGGCAACUCCACCCGCCGCGUGCGCACCGAACAGCUUCUCGUCGACAAGGCCCAGCAGCUGACCCUCUCCGCCCCCGAACUGACCGUUCUUGUCGGAGGUCUCCGCACUCUGAACGCCAACUGGGACGGCUCCGCCCACGGCGUCUUCACCUCCCACCCUGGCCAGCUCAGCAACGACUUCUUCGUCAACCUGCUCGACAUGAACACGGUCUGGAAGCCUACCGGCGCUGACAGCGAGUACUUCGAGGGCUUCGACCGCAAGACUGGCGCCAAGAAGUGGUCCGCUACCCGCGUUGAUCUCAUUUUCGGUCACCACGCUGAGCUGCGCGCCCUCGCUGAGCUGUAUGGUAGCUUCGAUGCUCUCGAUAAGUUCAAGAAGGACUUCGUUGCUGCUUGGGACAAGGUUAUGAACUUGGACCGUUAUGAUAUCCCUACUUUCCCCGUUGUCACUGGUCGUCCUCGCCUGUGA